AUGUAUGACAUAAACAGUGCGAAAUGCUCUGAAAUAAAAAGUGCAGAACUUGAUGUGUUGAGCAGCCAAGAACUAAAAAGAAUUUCUCUUGGUAAAUAUGAGAAUCAGUUACAAGAAUUUGAAAGAAUUUCAAAAGAUGGAACAUCAAAUCGAAUUACAUAUGAUCCCAGAUUUGGGACUAUAGAUUAUUCACAAAUAUGUUCUGUUUGUUUUGAAAAACAUGACAAUUGUUUAGGUCAUGUUGGACAUAUAGAGUUUAUAUUACCAGUAUUUAAUCCACUAUUUUAUAAAGAGUUACAAGAAUUACUAAAUCUAGUUUGCUAUAAUUGCUAUGCAUUGUGUUACUCAGAAGAUGUUAUAUUUCUGUUAAAGCAUAUUUAUCAAUUAAAGUCAUUAAAUGAAAUUGAAAGCUCAAACAAAUUUGUAAUAAAAAAAAAUAAUGAAAAUGAAUAUAUAGUUAGUGAAAUAGAAAGAUUAUAUAAUAAAAUAUGUAAAGAAUCAAAUAUUACUAUGGACGAUAUAGUUGAAUCUAUUUGUCAGGAUUAUGACAAAAGUUUUGAUAAUAAUGAAAAAACAAAUAAUGAAAAUAAUUCAAAUGAAAAUAACCAAACAUAUGAAUUAUGGAAAAAAAUAAAUAAUGAUAUGCACAGUGGUGACGAAAAAAAUGAACCUGAUCUUAGUAAAGAAUCUGAAAAAAAACAAAAAUCAAAUGAAGAAGCCGAAAGUCAAGAGACAAAAGAAAAAAUACGAUUUCUAAAGGAAAAAAUAAAAAAAUAUAAUUUUGAUAUAAGUAAAUUAGCUUUUCAAUCGAAUUAUAAUUAUGAAGAAUAUUUAAUUUUAAAUAAAGCUAUAAAAAUUCACAUGAAAAAAGGGGCUAACUGCUCAAAUUGUAGAUUUCGUAGAAGUAUAACAGUAAAAACAUCGCCAAAAAAAGAUACUAUUAAUUUUGUAGGGGCAUAUACAAAUAAUUCGUUUUUUAAAAGAUAUCUUUCGAAAAAGGAUAAAAAUAAAAUAUCAGGAGAAAAUGUAGAUGAUAAUUUAGAAGAUAAUGAAAUAAAUUAUAACCAUACAGAUAUAGAGAAGCCAAAUAAACACGGUAAAGAAUCCAAAUCUGGGAAAAGAAAAAGUAUGGAUAAUUUAAAUUUAGAAAAUGGAGCCGAUCAACUUGUAGAAGGAACUGAUAAUAAUAAAGAUGGAGAUGAUAAUGAUGAAUCAUUCAAAGAUGCUGUAGCUUCAUAUAAACGGAAAACAUCGAAGGAAAAAUGUACAGUUCGUUUAUUUAGUUUUCAAAUUAUCGAUUUAUUAAAAAAGAUUUUUGUAAAUAAUAAUAAAGAUAUAAUUAAUUUGUUAUAUCCAUUUACAAAAAAAGAUGGAUGCCAAGUAUUUUUUUUAUACGAUAUGGGAAUAAGUGCAAAUCGUUUUCGAACACAAUCUAGGGGUAUACAUAAAAGAACAAAAGUUACAAAUUAUAUAUGCAAAUUAAAUAAUUUUGUAAAAUUAUGUAUAAAUAGCAAAAAAAACAUUGAUUUUGAUUAUAUAAUAGAAUAUAAUAAAACAGAAUUAGAUUUAUAUAAUGAAAUGUUUUCAUUAUUUUCUUUAAAAGUACGAUCAAGAGCUAUUUCAAGUUCUAUGGAUUUCAAUGUUGAGAUUGCAAAAUCAGAUUUUUUACGAUGUUAUUCAUUAAUAUAUAAUAAUAAAAGUGCUUACUUAAAUAUUUUGUUUGGUAAUUUACAACUCGCAGUAAAUACAUUUUUUGAUAGCAGUUUGAUUGAUAAACGGGUUCAAAAACAUAUGGACAAUAUAUGUAUAAAAGAAAUACUCGAUAAAAAAGAAGGUGUAGUACGAAAAAAUAUAAUGGGGAAACGUGUAAAUAAUUGCGCUCGUACUGUUAUAUCUCCUGAUACAUUUAUUGAAACGAAUCAAAUUGGAGUUCCUAUCGAAUUUGCUAAAACUUUAACUAUUGAUGAACAUAUAACUGAAAAUAAUUUUGAGUAUAUAAAAAAAUUAAUUGAAAAUGGACCGGAUAUGUAUCCAGGUGCUUUAAGUUAUAAAGAUAGUCAAGGAAGAGUAUUUAGAUUAUCUCGUUCUUAUGAAGGUAGAAUGAAACUAAUAAAUGAACUAACUAAUUUAUUACGUAAAGAAAAAAAAGAAACUUUAAUUUUACAUAGACAUGCUAGAGAUGGAGAUAUAGUCAUAAUGAAUAGGCAACCGACUUUACAUAAAUUUUCUAUUAUGGCUCAUUUUUUAAAAAUUUUUGAAAAAGAAAAAGUUUUUAGAUUAAAUUAUGUUAAUUGUAGUAGUUAUAAUGCUGAUUUUGAUGGAGAUGAAAUGAAUCUCCAUUUAUUACAAACCCCUUUAGCACGUGCAGAAGCAACACAUUUAAUGAACUCGGAUUUUUUAUUUACAAGUUUUAAAGAUGGAUCACCUUUACGAGGAUUAGCUCAAGAUUUUAUUCUUGGUGGAUUACAUCUUACUUCUUUAGAAACAUUUUUAAAUUAUGAUGAAUAUUGCAACUUAUUACAAUGCUCUCUUAAUGUUUUGCUUCGUCAAAAAAAUUCAUUUUUUUUCAAAAAGCCCAAACAUAGCAAUACAUCUGGAAGCCCAAACACAAAAGAUGCAAAUAAAAAUUCAGGGGGUAAUGAUAAAGGUAAAUCUAAUUCAUUUACUGGAAUCAAUUCAAAAAUAUCGAAUUAUAGCUAUUUAGAUCCCUAUGCAUCUAAUUUAAGUAGAACAAACUUUACUAUAAAAACAGAAGAGCCAACUAUUUUAUUUCCUACAAAAUUAUGGACAGGAAAACAAUUAAUAUCAAGUAUUUUGAAAACUAUAAUAAAUGAACUAGCCAUUGAAACAUAUAAUAAAAAUGGAGAUAAUAAUUUUAUGGAAAAUUUUAAAGGAAUAAAUUACGUAGCUAAAGCUAAAACAGAUCCUGAAUUAUGGUCAUUUGAUCCAAUAAAAGAAGGUGAUAUUAUUAUUAGAAAUUCGGAAUUAUUACAAGGUGUAUUAGAUAAAUUACAUUUUGGAGCUAGCUCAAAUAGUUUUGUACAUCUAUGUUAUGAAUUGUUUGGGCCUAAAUCUGCUGCAGUUAUGCUUGAUUGUUUUGGUAGAUUAUUUAUAAGUUUUUUACAAUUACGUGGUACAAGUUUAAGUCUAUAUGAUUUUAUUUUAAAAAAAAAAGCAAAAGAAGAGAAAAAAAGAAUUAAAAAAAGAAUAUCAUUUACUGGAUUUUAUUUACAAAAUCUUUUUGUUUAUACAAUCGGAAAAGCAUUAAAUGCGGACAUGAAUAAAAUGGAUGAAUAUAGUAAUAAAAAAAUAAGUAACUAUGAAGAAUGUAAAAAUUUAUUUUCAAAUAAAUUAUAUGAUAUCUAUUUAAAAAAAUCAAAAAUUAUAAAUAACUAUGAAAAGAAAUUAGGAAAGGAAAUUAAUAUUGACAAUGAAGAUGUAAAUACAAAUUUGUGGCUAACUAAAACAGAGGAUCUUACAAAAAAAAUUUCAAACAAGUUUAAUCUUUUUAAUGAUGAAGAAUUUAAUAUGAAAAAGGAUUUAUAUUUUAUUACAUUGCUAAACAAAGAGAUCGAAAACAUAUUUAUUCAAAAUAAAUUACUUAGUGAUAAUGUAAAAAAUGAACAAUCUGAACAGAAUGAAACAUAUGAAUAUUCAAACUCACCACAUUUAAAUUAUAUAAUUAAAGCCGAAUAUUAUGAACUGUUUGAGAAGUAUGUAAUUGAAAAAACGAAGGAUAAUUCUAUAGAUGAAGAGAAUGAAACGGAAUACUCUGAGUUUGUUAAUAAUAUAGUAAACAAAUUAUAUAAUUCAAUAAAAAAUCCAUCUUUUUAUAAAAAUACAACAUUUACAAGUGUACAAGUAGUAAAGGUUAUUGAAAAAAUUGUAAACUUUUUAAGGGAAGCAAAAUGUAACAAAAGAUUAAAAGUAUUUAUUUUAUUUGAAAUAUUUCAAAAUGAAAAUAUAACGAAAUAUUUCCCUUCUUUAAUUGAAUUUGCCACUAAUUUAAAUACAGAUAUAAGUAGUGAAGAAAUAGUAGAAACUGUAAUAAAUAACAUAUUAUUAAAAAAGGAUCUUAAACUUGAAACUGACCAAAUAUCAUCUCGUGAUGUAGAAAAAUUCAUUUUUAAUAGCAAGAAACGGGAAACAACAAAUGAUGUCAUAUUGAAAAGAUAUUUACAUUUGUAUAAUCGUCUGAUAAAAGUGGAGAAGGACAAAAAAGGACAGAUAAAUAAUUCCCCUUUAAAACCUAAGAAUGAUGAAAGUCCAAACAAAAUAAAUGACACAAGUCUUGAGAAUUCACAAAAUGUAAACAUAAAUGAAAAUGUACAUAUAUAUGAUGGGGAUGCUAUAAAAAACUGUUUAAUAUCAAGUUUACCUUCAUUUGCUCUUAACGAAGAUAUAAAUAAUCUUUCCUACAAUAACAGAUAUCAAUAUUAUGAGAAAUAUUUAAAUAUAAAAGAUGAAAAAUAUUCACGUUUUAAAUUUUACAAAAUGGAAGAUGUAUUUCAUAAAUUAGAUUUUUUAAUAAAUAAUUUUUUUUCAUUAAAACGAUUAGAUUUUGAUAGUAUGCUCGAUUCAUUGUUUCAACCAUAUUUAUGUAGAGUAUCAUCUGGAACAAAUAAUUUAAUAACUAUGGAAAAUCUGAUGAAUAAAUUUUUAGAUAAUGGUUUUAGUAAUAUGAUUUUUACUGGUGCUAAAGGAAGUAAGGUUAAUUAUUCUAUGAUUUGUGGUAUGCUAGAUCAACAAUAUUUAGAAGGAAAAAGAGUGCCAAGAAUGAGAUCAGGAAAAACUCUACCUAGUUUCCAUAGAUAUGAUUAUGGUGCUAGAUCUUGUGGGUUAAUUACAGAUUGUUUUUUAGAGGGUUUAAGACCUCAAGAAUAUUUUUUCCAUUGUAUGUCUGGUAGAGAAGGAUUAAUAGAUACCGCUGUCAAAACAGCUAAAUCUGGAUAUAUACAAAGAUGUUUAAUUAAAUCGAUGGAAUCAAUAAUUUUACAUUAUGAUGGCACAGUUCGAAAUGAAGAUAAUGCAAUUAUACAAUUUCUAUAUGGAGAAGAUGGUAUUGAUCCAUCAAAAACUGCAUAUCUAAAUUCACCUUCGGAUUUAAUAAAUAACUAUAAUAUAUCAUUUAGUAAGUAUUUAAAUUAUGGAUCAAACCAACUUAUACAAAAAAAUCAAAACCUAUUUAUGAACAAUGAAAGUUGUAGAAAACAUGACGACCCACUGAUAUGCCAAUAUAAUCCAUAUACUUAUAUAGGAGCCGUUUCAGAUAAUUACGAUUCAAAAUUAAAUAAUAUUCUUAGAAAAAGUGAUUUCAAUUUAAUAAAUAAUGAUGAGAAUUUUUAUUCUUUAUCUUCAUCAUUGUUAAGGUCAAAAUAUUUUCAUUCUUUAUGCUCCCCUGGUGAAUCAAUUGGAAUUUUAGUUGCUCAAUCUUUUGGUGAGCCAGCUACCCAAAUGACAUUAAACACUUUUCACUUAGCAGGAACUGAAAAUGUGACUAUGGGUAUACCUAGAUUAAAAGAAAUAUUUUUAACAUCAAAAUUGACAUCAAAACCUAUGAUAUAUGUUCCAAUAAAAUUAGAAGAAAAAAAUAUGAACAAUCCAAAUGAAAUAAAAAAUUAUAUAACUAAUAUUGCAGAUAAAAUAUUAAGUAGCUAUCAAAGUAUAUUAUUAUCUGAAGUUAUAUAUGGUAUAGGAAUUGAUAGAAAAUUAAUAAUUCGUGAUAAAAUUGAAAAUAAAGAAAUUCAUAUGAUUCAGUUAGAUAAAGUAGAACCAAAAGAUAAUGUACAGAAAAGUUUUGAUUGGGAUCAAAGUGAUAUAUAUAAAACCAACGAUUAUUCUAAAAUUUUACAAGUUUUAGAAAAUACUAAUUUAAAUUUUGAUUUAAAAAAAGAAUGGGCUCAUGAGAUUGUUAUUCAAUUUGAUAACUUAAAUCACUUUUGUAAAGUUAAUAAACAAUUAUCUCUUUCUUUUAUUUUAUAUAAAAUAGUAAAUAUAGUUCUUAUAUCAAUACUUAAUAAAAUACAAAGUAGUAUAUCUCAUCAUAAUAUUCGAAAUAUUAAUUUUAUGAACCAUGAGCAUUAUGAUGAGUUAUUUGAUUUUAUUAGUGGAAAAAUGUCUGAAGAUUUUAAUUUUAAUUUUGAUAAAUAUGAGUAUAAAAAUGAUGAAGACGAAAUUAAUGCAAAACUAAAACAUAUGCCAAAAGAUGUUGGAGGAAAUAAAUCAGGAGAUGAAAAUGAUUAUGGUCGUUCUAACAAUUUAAAUAAUUCAAAAAAGUACAAUGAAGAAAAUGAUGAUAAUAUGUCAAUGGGUGAUAAAAAUGAAGAUAGCGGUAAUGAAAAAAAUAAUAAAUCAGAUGGAAAUGAUGAUAGUGAUCAAAAUGAUGGAAGAGAAAGUGAUGAAUAUAAAUCUGAACAAGAAGAUAAAGAAUACGAUCAAAGCGAAGAAGAUGCAGAUAACGAGGAUGAUAGUAAAUCAUCUCAAAAUGAACAAGAUAGUGAUGUUGAUAAUAUGAAUAAUAGCGAAUCCGAUGAUAACAAAUAUGAUGAAACAGAAAAGAAUUUGACAAAAAAAAAAUCGAAAUUACUAAAUGAAACUGACUCAGAAAGUGAUGCCUCUUCAAAUCUAACCAUCACAAAUCCUGGAAUAAUCGAUGGGGAAUCUAAAGAAUCAAAUAAAUCCCAAAAAGAAGAAAAAUCAAACAUAUCAAGUAAAAAGAGAAAACUAUCAGAUGGUAGUGAUUAUAUAAAAAAUGAAAAACAUAGAAAAGAAAUAAAUUAUGAUUCUUCAAUGAGUAGUGAAAAUGAAGCAGAAUUAAAAAAAGAAAUGAGUAAAAAGUUUUCAAAAUAUUCAUAUGAUUAUAAAAAUAGAAUGAAUAAAAUAGAUUUAGAUGUUAGUGAUUAUGAAGAUCUUUCUAUAGGAAUAGCUGGAAAUAAAAAUAAAUUAUAUGAUCAAAAAUAUAUAAAACAUAUUAUUGAAAAAAUGAAAAGUAGUUUACUUUGUUUUAUAAAAAGAAUAGAUUUUUCUCCAAUUACAUGGGUCUUAAAAUUUGAACUAUCUUGGGAUGUAAACUUUUUUCCAUACCCUAUCGACUUUUUAAGUUACUUACAAAAUGAUAUAUCCAAAGAAAUUUUAUUUAAAGUUAAAGAUUUAAAUAAUCCAAAAAUUUUGAAAGGAAAAGAUAUAACACAUAGUGGCGAAGAAUAUGAGUUACAAAUAGAAGGAAGAAAUGUAUACAAACUUUUUAAUAUUAAAGAUAAAUAUAUUGAUAAAACAAAAUUAUAUUGUAACGAUAUAUAUACAAUUGUUAAAACAUAUGGUAUAGAAGCCGGAAGAUUAUGUAUUACAAAAGAGUUAAAGAAAGUUUUCGAGGCAUAUGGAAUUAAAAUCGAUUUUCGACACUUGUCCUUCAUCAGUGAUUUCAUGACACACACAGGAGACUUGAAAUCCUUUAAUCGAUACGGAAUGAGCGCAUAUCGUAACAUUUUCCACAAGAUGAGUUUCGAAUGUGCAACAACUUUUAUGAUACAAGGAUGUAUACAAAAUUCAGUUGAUUAUUUAUCAACCGCAUCGAGUAGUUUAUUUUUCGGAAAGCACAUAAAAGUUGGAACCAAUGUAUCUAACAUUAUAACCUGUAUUAAAGGAGGAAAAUAA